UAUUUAUAAUUAUACCCCAUUUUCGUGUUUUGUUGUUGAGUUGGUUGUUCCUCAAUAGACUUUUAACCAAACCAAAAUAAACUCGGGACCUUGAUUGGAUCAUCUUCAUCGUCAUUCUUCUUCGAUUUAUCUUAGUUGAAAUAUUUCUAGUUUAUUCGAAAAUUUCGACAAAAGUUUUCCAAAAUACAAUUUUUUGUUGUUUUCAAAUUUAAAUAUUGUGCGUGAGUGUGGGAAUUGAAAACGCCCAUUACAUCAAUAAUUGCCAAAAUAGUCAUCCCGAAAUUGAAAUCGAAAUCAUCGUUUUAAAUUACAAUAAUGGAAUAUUGGCUUAUAUCAGCACCGGGCGAAAAAACAUGUCAACAAACAUGGGAUACAUUGAAUGAAACUAUAAAUAAAUAUGGACCAGAUUUUUGUAAAACUUUUCGUUUUCUUCUACCAGAUCUAAAAGUUGGUACAUUAGAUACAUUGGUUGGUUUAUCCGAUGAUCUAAAUAAAUUGGAUGCAUAUGUUGAAACUGUAAGUCGAAAAUUGGCACAAUCUAUUGGCGAUAUAUUGGAAAAAGGCCAAUCAUUAAAUGAACAACUUCAAGCAAAUGGUCAAGAUUUACAUACAUAUUUAACAAAAUUUCAAUGGGAUUCGGCAAAAUUCCCCAUUAAACAAUCAUUAAAAUCAUUACAUGAAAUUAUUAAUAAACAAAUUGGACAAAUUGAUCAAGAUAUGAAAACAAAAACAUCAGCAUUUCAUAAUUUAAAAAAUAAUCUUCAAUCGCUUGAACGUCGACAAACUGGAUCGUUGUUGGUUCGUGAUCCAAGUGAAUUGGUACGAAAAGAACAUUUUGUUCUUGGUUCUGAAUAUAUGAUUACAUUGUUGGUUGUUGUACCGAAAACCUAUUACAAAGAAUGGCUGGCUAAAUAUGAAAAAUUAACCGAAUAUGUUGUACCACGUUCAUCAACAUUAUUGUUUGAAGAUAAUGAUCAUGGUCUAUUCAAUGUAACAGUUUUUAAAAAAAUUGUCGAUCAAUUUAAAGUAAAAGCACGAGAGAAUAAAUUUAUUGUUCGUGAUUUUCAAUACAAUGAAGAUGAUAUAAAUGCAGGGAAAAAUGAAAUUGCACGUUUAGAAAGUGAUAUUAAAAAACAAUAUCAUUUAUUGAUUCGUUGGUUGAAAGUUCAUUUUAGUGAAGCACUUAUCGCAUGGGUUCAUGUAAAAGUUCUACGUGUUUUUAUCGAAUCUGUACUACGUUAUGGUUUACCGGUUAAUUUUGUUGUUGCAUUACUUCAUCCACCAAAGAAAAAUCAUCGUAAAUUACGUGAAGUUCUUAAUCAAUUGUAUGCACAUUUGGAUACAACCAUCCUUCAAGGACCGAUUGAAGAUAUACCCGGUUUGAAUGUUGGUCAACAAGAAUAUUAUCCAUAUGUUUCAUUUAAAAUUAAUAUUGAUUUUGUUUCGACUAAAUAAUCCAAGUUUUGGUUAGUUUUUCUUGUCAUCAUCAUUAUCAUCUUCUUCGCAAUGUUUUUUCUCUUCUUCUCGAUUCAUUAAUCCAUUUUCAACUAGCCAACUGUUUUUUUUAUUUAUGUUGAUUAUUAAUUAAUUAUUCCAGAAAAUAUUCUAAUCAAGAAAUUAUUUAAGCAUUCGAUUCGUGUUUGUUUGUUUGUUUGUUGUGUGUUUGUUAAUUUUAUUCGACUGAAUAGA